AUGAGUCAUUCAUCAUCCCCAAAUAAUAGGGGAUCUAUAUUUGGUUGGGCAAAAAGUUUAAAACGUUCACAUUUAUUAUCAAAUGAUUCUGUAAAUGAUAUAAGUGAUAAUGAUUCAAUUUCAAGAUCACCUACAAAAUUAUUUAAUAAUCACAAUAAUAGUAAUAAUCAAUCAAUACCACAACCUCAUAGUCCUUUAAAUAUACCCAAUAAUGGUAAUCAAUCUCAUUCACAGCAACACCCACAACAACAACAACAAGAAUCUCCUACUUUCGGUCAACAACAAUAUCUAGGUACAUCACCAACAACUUCAACUACAAAUCAAUCAGAUUUUUUACGUCCUUUAUUAAAUCAUAAAUCAAGAUCAACAAAUAAUGUAUCAAGAAUAAGGUCUAAUUCUUUGAAUCAAUCAGAAAAUAGUUUAAGACAACAAAGAGAUUGUUUUUUACAAAAUAAUUCAUUAGUUGAUGAAAAUUCUAAAUAUUUUGGUGUACCAUUACAACAAGCUUUAAAUGAAGCAUGUGCUAAAAUUUCAAUUUUAACAGGUGAUCAAUCUGAUGGUUUACAAUAUGGUCAGAUUCCAAUUGUAGUUGCAAAAUGUGGUGUAUUUUUAAAGAAAAAUGGUUUAACUGUUGAAGGUAUAUUUAGAGUAGGAGGUUCAUCAAGAAGAAUUAAAGAUUUACAAGUUAUAUUUAAUACUCCACCAACUUAUGGUAAGAAAUUAAAUUGGGAUGGUUAUACUGUACAUGAUGCUGCUUCAAUUUUAAGAAGAUAUCUUAAUGCAUUACCUGAACCUUUAAUUCCUUUAAAUAUGUAUGAUGAGUUUAGAGAUCCUUUAAAAAAUAAAACAAGAAUAAUAAGUUAUAUGAAAUAUAAAGCUGAAAAUCCUUCAAAAAAUUUAAAAACUACAACAAGUAAUGAGGAAGAUGUUUUAGAUUCAACUCAAUUAUUAACUGAAGCAAAUAUGGGAAGAUUAAAUGGAAAUGAUGAAUCAAUACAACAAUCACAUUCUCAAUCACAGUCACAAUAUCAAUCUCAAUCUCAGUCGCAGUCUCAAUCUAAUUCACAAUCUCAAUUGCAAUCACAAAAUCAAGAAACAAUUCAUCAACAACCAUCACUUCCACAACAACCAAGUGAAGAAAGUAUAUUAAUAAAAAACAAAAAAAAAUCUAAAAAUUAUAAAAAAUUAACAAGAGAUGUUCAUUCAGCUAUAGAAGAAUAUAAAAUUUUAGUAAAUGAUUUACCAAAUUCUUCAAAACAAUUAUUAUUUUAUAUUUUAGAUUUAUUAGCAAUGGUUCAAAAUCAUUCAAAAGAAAAUUUAAUGAGUUCAAGAAAUUUAGCAGCAAUUUUUCAACCUUCAAUUUUAUCUCAUCCAAAUCAUGAUUUAGAUCCUGAUGAAUAUGCAUUAAGUCAAAUUGUUGUUGAAUUUUUAAUUCAAUAUGCUUAUAAAUUAUUACCUACUCAUACUAUGAAACCUUCAUCUACAACUUCACUAUCACAAAAACAACAGCAACAGCAGGAGGAACAACUACAACAAACACAACAAAUUGAAAGUGAUGUUACAUCUACUAGUACAACUCCAUUAGAAGGACCUCAAACUAUACUAUUAGAAGAAAAACAAUCACAACAGCCGAGUCCACAAGCAUUACCACAACUAAAACAAUCAAACCAACAGCAAAACCAUCAACAGCAACAACAACAGCAGCAUCAAAACCAACAACAACAACAACAACAACAACAACAACAACAAUUACCACCAAAAUUUAGUCGAAGACAUUCAAAAAGUUUAAGUUCAGCAGUUAAUCAUGAUGAUUUAGUUGUAGGAUAUCAAAGUAAUGUAACAGGAUCUAUACCAUUUGAUUCAGAUAUGGAAGAAUAUGAUUUAAGUGAUGAAAAUGAAAUAAAUUCAGAUGUUGAUGAUUUAUAUUUUCAACAAUUAAAAUUAAAUAAUGGUUCAGGUAAUAGUGGGAAUGGAGAUAUAAGUCCUAUAAAGAAAUUGUUAGGAGGUGGGAAUCAUAGGAAUAGUAUUGAUAAAUCUUUAAAUGAAAAUUCAGUUAUUGAAGACAAAGAACCUGUUGCAAUUGUUGUUACUGCUCCUUCUACAAAUCUGAUAUCAAAAGUUGAAAAUAGUAAGAUAUAA